AUGUCCCCUGAGGGGAUUCCUGUCACAGCCGCCUUCCCGCACACACCGGGGUGGCGGGAGGACGGACAACGGCUCCUCGGUUUGGGUCACGUUUACCGGGGGAGCUCCGGCCCGGGGCUCCCCGGUUUAAACGGGAUGCAUUUCCACAUGUUUGCAAAGCCCAGUAUGGAGGCUGCAUUACUGCUCCAUCACCUCUCUGCUCCAUCUUCCUCAGAUCAUAUUAACGCUCUUGUUAUUCGUGUAGAGAGUUUGAGACUUGUUGUAAAGUCUAAGCUUUAUGUGUAUAUAUGUGCACACAGGAAACCUCGACCUGUCUCUCAGCUGGUUGCACAACAGGUUCCUCAGCAAUUCGUGCCCCCUACGCAAUCCAAGAAAGAGAAAAAAGACAAAGUAGAAAAGGAAAAAAGUGAAAAGGAAACAACAAGCAAAAAGAACAGUCAUAAGAAAACCAGGCCACGGUUGAAAAACGUGGAUCGAAGUAGCGCUCAGCAUUUGGAAGUUACCGUUGGAGAUCUGACAGUCAUAAUUACAGACUUUAAGGAGAAAACUAAGUCACCGCCCGCUUCCAGUGCUGCUUCUGCAGAUCAACACAGUCAGAGUGGUUCUAGCUCUGACAACACAGAGAGGGGAAUGUCCAGGUCAUCUUCACCCAGAGGAGAAGCGUCAUCACUGAAUGGGGAAUCUCAUUAAAGUUUAUUUCCUCCAGUUUCUUUAGUCUCUUCUCUUCAAAACAUGCAAAUACAUAACUUCUGUCGCCCGUUACCACAUUUUCAUGACAGAUUAUCCAUGCAUAAUUGGUAUGUUGACUGGAACAUAAUUUAUGCAGUUUUAAAAAAAGAAAAAAGUGCAGUGGUAGAAACAAUAAUUUAAAUGCAAUCUAUAAAUGCUUACAAAGCAUUUUCAGACCAACUUUUUAAUCUUCAUGUGUAAAGGUGCCAUGAAAAUGUGGUUUGAAUGUUCAUUAUGCAGUGUUAUUGGUAAGUCCAUUUUCACUUUUAGUUAGUGAAUUCUAACACAACUCUUGGAGUCUCUACUAUUGGCAUGUACUGAAUUUAAAUUUUUAUAACAUAGUUCAAGCUGCCUAAAUAUGUAUUAUUUGAGAAUUGUGAAACAUAGUUAUAUGUAUGCAAGUCAGAGAUCAACUUAAUCAACUAUUGCUGCAAGAGAAUUUUCAUAAUAAUUAUCUUCUUAAAAACACCUGCUGGUACUUGGUGUGGUUAAAUAGGAAAAAUGUUAUUAAAUAAAACAUUUGUAUGAAUUUUUGCCAAUGUUUGACACAUUUUACUAGAUUACUGUUACUGAAUUAUGUUUUACCAAUAUUUUUUCACACUUAAAACACUUAUUGUAAUGUUUACAAGCAAAAUAGAAAACACAUUUUAAGCAUUGAUUGGUUAACCUUACAAUUCAGGUAAAGUACUACAUUGUCACUGUACACUGGUAUUCUAUGUUGUGGAACAAAUAUGGAACCUCAGGUGACUGUGCAAUUGGCAAAAAUUAACAUUUGGAAAUACGAAAAUUUGCAAAAGCUUUAAAAAUUACAGAAGUGCGGUUCUUGUUUCUUCUUAGUGCUGUUUCCUUGCCCCAAAUUUACUUAGUGUCAUAUAGUCACUUAUCAUUUCAUGACAGGAAUAUCAGAUGUUGCACAAGAAUAAGGAAAUAACAGUACUAUUAAUUUUUUGUUCCUGAAUCAACUUCUUUAAUUUUGAUUUGGCUAUUAGAAUAUAUUAUGACAUAAAUCAUAUCAAAAAGCCUAGUACCCUCCUUUAUGGCAUAAACUGUUGACGUUUAUGCACUUAGCAAUAUACUGAUACAGAGCAGAACUAUUUACAAUCCCAUCUGGUAUUAUAUAAAAUUACCAAUAAAAUAUUUUUGUGAAUACAGAUUUUGCAUUUUUGUUUACAACCAAUAAGUGUUUUGAUGCACACAUACAAUCCAUGUAUAGAUUUUAAAUUAUAGAUUCAGGUUCAGUACAAAAGUCCAUUUAGCUCUUCUUAGUGAGGUAGUUCACUUACACUCUUGUGAUUCUUUUCUCUUUCGUUUAAAAGAAAUAUAUUUUUAAGCCCAUGUAAAAGUUGGAUGGACCUUCCUGGUAGUGAAUCCAGCCCCAAAUUAUUACCAACGUAUGAUACGUCUUCUUAACAGCUAAAGCAAUGGAUUUUUGUAGCCCCUGACAAUUGUGAUGUUUGGUGGUUUCUUGUAGUAAUGUAUUUUUCUGUUUUUAAUGCAGUACUUCUACAGGCACAAUGGUACUGUUCUAUUUUGUAAGAUGCUAGUUGUGAAAUACAGUUAGUUGCAUAAAAUGAAAGUCUGAUGUGAUAUCUGAGAACAUACAUACCUCAUUCCUUGGUGUUGCUGUUUAAACUUUUUAGACAUCAAAUGUUAAUUAUAGGCUAUUUCAGAUGGAUAACUACUGACCUGUUUAUUAUGUAUUCUGCUUUAUCUUACUAAAUAGGAUGUCUGUUCAUUGCCGUUACCUGGCCAAAUCUUAGUAUCUGUAAAACAAUGCAUUUUAAGGUUCUUAAAUGUUUUUGGGGCGGGGCUGGUGUUCAGAAUAACAUACACUAGUUUUUAAAAGAAAAAUACAUGCUUCUCAACUUUAUUUUUUUAUAUUUUAUUUUUAGGUGGGACUAUUUGCAGAAUAUACUGAUGUAAUGGAUUACAAGAGAACCGAAACUGUUUAAAGUAAGCAGUUUAAUGAUAGCAAAUCUCAUCGCAAGAUGUUUUAUGAAAUGUGUCUCUAAUUUAAAAUGUAAUGAAUGCUAACACAUUUCAGAAUUCCUUGCAAACAAGUAAUAAUCUAUUACCAGUAGUUCACUAAAUGGGAAACGUAUUUUCAUUUAACUUUAUGUGAAUAAAACACCCAGCACUGCCAACAAGAGGUCUCUUUGUAUCUUCGGAAAUAAGUAGCGGUUUGGUUUGAAAGGAAGGGAGGAUGGAGUGGAUUUUACUAUGAUUCAACUGUCUCUAGAGAAUAAUCUCAAAAAAAAAGUGAUACAAGUAUGGUUAUAAUCAAAAAGAAUGCAGAAAAGUCUCACUGUUCUUUAUGGAGUAAGACAUAGAAAAGCGAUUUCUAACCACAGAUACGACACAAGUCAGCUAGGAUCUAAAAACUGAGCUGUGGUGGUUUUAAGUGAACAAUUAUGUUGCCAGUGUUUACAUUGCAGUGAUGCCUGUUUGGGCAUUAAACAAAGUCAAGAACUUUUGCCUGUUUGUUAUUAAAGGGAUGUGACAAUACUGACAGCAGAGUAGACAAAUUCUAAGUAGAAUAUUGCAUUUGACUCUGUUCAUAAUGUUAUAAUUUAAAUGAACUUCACUUCAUAAUUUCUAAAUAAUUUUGACUUGUAGUAAUCCUAGAUCCUUUUUCUAACUGUAAAUAUAUUUAAAAGCAUCUUUACUCCAUUUAUAAAGAGUGAAAAUUUAAUGUUGUAAUGUGUUUUGAUUAGCUAUUUUUCUCUGUGACUGCUCGCAGCAUAAGAACUGUUAUUUGUUAAAUUCUAUAUAUGCACCAGUCUUCAACAGCCAUAGAUCCCGGGUUGUUCAUGAAAUGGUGACCCGACAGAGACAAGUGUAAUCAUGUUCCAUAUAAAUGAGUUCUUUUAUUUGCUGAUUGAUUGUCUGGUUUCAGAAAGGGAAAAGGGGGAGAAAUAGGGAAAAAUGAAGUAUAAUUAGUUCAUUGAUAAAGUGUACAAUAACUCAGUCUCUUAUUAUCCUAAAUUUGCCCCUAAUUAUAGGUGGUAUAUGGAAAAGAACAAAUAUACAGUUGUAGACCAUGGUCCUCUUCUUUUUUUUUUUCCCCCUGAAAUUAAGUAUGUAUAUUAGAGAUAAACAAAAAUUGUUCUAAUUAGUAGCAAGUUAAAUUAUGCCAUAUAACAGAAGUGUUAGUAAAAAGAAAAUUAAAAAAAAACCCAUAAAAAUAUUGAUAUAAAAAGUCUUGAAAUUAAGACUAUGACUGAAGUUUUAACCUAUUACAUGUUUCUCUGGAUAUUUGAUAUUUUGGGGCAUAGAUUGUAAAAUCUCAAAUUUUUUUUUAGAUUUUAUAAUUUGUGCACUUUACUUUUUUAAUAUUAUGGAUAGCACAUUUUUAGAUAGCCAUGUAUGACAGAAUACUUUUUAUAAUUUGUUUUCACCAGUUCACUGUAGUGUUCAGGCAGGUCUUCUAAACUUGACACAAACGUAUGGCUCUGCAUCUUAAAUUCUUUAAUAUUUCUCUCUCCUGGCUCAAAAGUCAGCCAGUUUCCCACAUUAUGCUAAAUGAUUAUACUUUGUCAUACAGGAUGGAUUUGGCACGGAGCAGUAUAUUGUGUACUUCUUAUGUACAUCCAGGGUUCUUUAACUGUAUCUGCUUGCGUUUUUUCUGUCACAUGCCUUUCUUUCACUCUGCUCCCUGCUAGGGAGGCUGGGUAUGCUUCCUUUCAAAUAUCAGAAACUAUUUGGAAAUAGAAAUGCAAUUUAAUUUAAUUUCUCCAAAGGCAGCAGCAAGUGCUAUACUUGUAGUAAAUUUUGCCUGUGCUUACUCAGGAAUAAGAUAGGUAAGAUAAAAAGUUAAUGCUGGUUUUGGCUAUGAUAAUUUGCAAAUGCUUACUUCUAUCAAUGUUAAGAUUUGGGUGUGCUGGAAACACUGUUCAAACUUUCAAAGGUUUUUCUUACCUGAAAUUAUCCCAUGACUUAAGUCAAAACAGUCUCAGUUUGAAAGGGUGUAACUUCACAAAGUAGCAAAAGCUGUAGCUUCACAAAGUAGCAAAAGCUGUACAGUAAAAUCACUCAGACUGAGGAAGCUCUUUUGUACUGUCAAAGUUUAAACUUCAGAUAUUGAGCUUACUUUGACAUCUGAAGAAGAACCCAUGUUUUAAUAAGAAUUAACAGGAUUUAACUGCUAAAUUAAUAUCCAAAAAGUACUUCACAAGUUAAUUCCAAAUGAACACUUUACAGAAAUUAUUGUAACUUCCCCCCUAGAUGGAUAUGAAUGGAGUAAAUGGUAUUAUCCAACAGGAAGUGAUGUUUGCUACUUUCCUAAGGCAUCACACGAGAAGACUGUGAUGUGUCUAUGAACAAGGCCUAGGAGUCCAGGUAUCCCCUCCUGGCCCCCACCUGAACUAUACCAUUGGAUUCACACAGCAAUAGAAAAUGCAGCAAACAAAUGAAUUUAUUUCAGAUCCCAGAGUCUUAGUAAUGCCAGAGCUGUUUACAGCUUCUGUAUUGGUGAAAAUGGAUUAAAAUGAACCACCACCAUAUAAUACUUAAUCCCUCAAGAGAUGUUAUUCCCUCAGGAGAUGUCUUUGAUCCUAAUCUUGCUCCUUUUAUUAUGGGAAACAGAUAAAAGUCACCUGAAAUAACUUGCUGUGUCCACUGACACAGGGGAUUUUAAGAGGAGACAGCUCAAGGUGCACAGGAAGUUUUAGCUGUACUGUUAAGGAGUUAAACAUGGAAGAUGAAGGGCAAAAACAUAUUCCAUAGCUCAAAUGAGUAUUGCUAAAAAAGAUCACAAGAGAUUGCUGUACCAUUUUGCGUUUGUAAAAAACAGGAUGAUAAUACUAUGAUUCUAUCUAAUCACUCCUUGUCCCAUAUGUUAAAGAAGAAAAUUACCACCAGGAAAAAAUACUGUUCCUGUAACAAUAAUUUAAAGAAUAGUCCCAAUUUGUAAAUUAUUUUGUAGAAAGUAUAGCAUAUCUUGACAGAGGUAGGAAUAUUUGAGCAAAAAAGCUCCUUCAGGACUACAUUUUCAGGAUCUAGGCCACCUGGAAAAGUGUAAUCUUUUAAUUAUACUGUUCUCUGUGUAUAAAUGUUGAUCUUAGUCAAAGUGCUUGUGAAGUGGAAAAGCUCCCUUAAACUUUAAGAUUUUAAGAAAUGUGGCUUUAGGCCAAUGGACCUCAAAUUUACAGUGGAGUUAUUGAGAAGACAAUUGAGGAAAAAAGACUAUUAAUCUAUUUUUUGAUAACCUGUUAACCAUGUGUUCAUACUUUUUCUCUUCUGUAUGAAGAUGCUGAAGUAUACAUCUUCAGGAAAUAAUGUAACCAGGGCUAAGGAAAUAAUGUAACCAGGGCUAAUGAAAUUUGGCUCUUUACCCCCUUCCCAAGCUCACUAGAUUCUACAAAUUCAGUUUGAUUCAGGCAGUUGCGGGUACUUUGUCACUAGGAAAGGAUGGAAUUGUUCAGUCACUUACCAUCUGUUAGUUAAGAUGAGUUGUCAGGCCGAUUCUGCUUUCUGAAUACCCACUUUGGAAAUACAGGGAUCUAAUUUGCUAUUUAUAUGCAUCUAAUAUAUAACUACCAUCCAUGAAUAAUCUAUUUCAAGCUGAUCCUUCUUUGCACAGAAUAAAUCAACAUGCUUCAAUGCCAGGCCCAGUUCCCAACUGCACAGAUCUCUGAGCAAGGAAAUCUGCCAUCUGACUAAUCAUCUCUUACUGUAACAGCCUCCAGCUAUGAAUUAAUCUCAGCAAGGGAAAUCUCUUAAGAUUACAUGUAUUUGUUGAAUAUCACUACUCCCACUUCCGAAGGGAACACAUUCUGAUUCCUUCUUCUCUCUCUUAGUUUUACUUUUAUUUUUAAAUUACAUCUAUAGUAUAAGUGGAUGCAGUGAGUUUGAAAUAAUUCAUCAUGCCUGCUUUUGCAGCUAGGGAAUUUGACUGCUAGUCCCCAUUCUUCAACUGUAUCUUGGCUUCUGUAAGACCAACAACAGUUUGUGGAGCUUGGAGGUCAUCUUUCAAUUUUGUCACCACUGUCCUUGUCUCUAUAUAAUUGACUUGACUGAACAGAUUCUUGCUGAGCAAACUUAUUUACACCAGUAAAUCCUGUACCAUUCCAGCAUUCUGGCUGUGGUAGCUGGCAUUCUGGGAUGCCAAUUACUGGUCUUCAUAUCUGCGUUUCUGCAAAUGGUGUGAUUCUAUUGCUGAGAGACUUCCAAACAUGGAAAAAUAAGCAAAAUGCUUCCCAGCUGAUGGAGGCGUAACGUUGCCAAGUAACUUGCAGUACCUGGAGGCUUUUUGAAAGGUGCAAGAAAACUCUCUCGGUGCCAGCUGGAGCAAGAGAGCUGAGGAGCAUGCACGGAUACUGGGCGCUUUCUUGGUUUUCCUACAGAAAUUCUGAAUAGCUUCUGUUUCUAAAAUGUCAAACACCUUCAAAAACCCUCAGUCCCACAAAAAGACAGAGGGUAAGGGGGGAAAAGAACAAAGAAAAUAUAUUUUCUGAAUAAUACCGAGAAAGGCCACUAUAUAAUGUUUCUUUGUGUGUUUAGUGUUCCGUUCUCUGUGUGCUGUAUUGGAAGUAGGCAGCAUCCCACACUUACAGGUGUGUGUUGCUUUAUAAUUCUUGAUACUUCUUGGUUCAGUGACUUUUUGGCCUAAAGAUAGAUGUAGUUUUUUGUGAAUAUCAUAGUAAAUAUCACAAAUGUUUCUUUCUUGGGUACAGGUCAUUUAUUGAAAGGGCAGUAGUUUUGAUUAAAGAGCUAGUCAGGAGCAAAAUAGAUUCUUCCUGUAGACACUACCCAGUUUUAAAGAUCCUGAUUACUGGACUACUAGGAAAAGGGUAACUUCAUGUGGAAGGGUUAAUAAGAAUCCAGACUAGAAUGGAUGUGGCUUCUGAAGAGAUUUGUGGCCAUUAGUUCAUAUGGCUGUUUUCAGUGAUUAUUCCACACCUUAGCCCAUUAAUCUUGAAGCAUUGGUAGAGCAUCCUCACAGACAAAUCAAAACUACCAACAGCACCGUCAGAUGCUCUUAAAAUUUACUAAGUGCCUUACGCAGAGCAUCACUGAGGCAACGGUUCAAUGGAAAGGAAGUUGGAUAAAAGAUUUACUCCUCUGGAUGGAGUCACAGGUUAUCGGUCGUAACCAAGGUGAUGUUCCUGGCUAUUAUAACACACUAGAAUCUUAUAUUUUAUUGCUGAUACAAGUACCUAAUAAGAAAUAGUCCGGAAAUUUCUGAGGCUUUCAAUUUAUGAAACAUACAUUCUUUGGAGGAGACUUUUUCUUCUAGUCAGCUGUGAUAGCCUACUGGAAUAUCACAGAAGUGAAUAAAACUUCAGAUUAUUUCUGGAUUUCUCAGUUUCUCAAUCAAGGACAGUAUUAUCUUUCCUGGGAAGAGAUACGUAAGUUGGUUUUAUUCAUGGGGUUUAUGUUUAUCCAACAGUAGUUUAUAAGGAUUUUAUUGUCAGAAAAAGGGCUUGUUAUUUUGAAAAUAAAAAUCUUACCUGCCAGGUGUCUUCCCCAAAAUGAGUAAGUGCCUUUUCUGUUCUGACUCUUAGAAGUAAUUACUUUGUCAGAUUGAAUCUGAAUGUCCUGGAUAAACCAACUAUUAAGUACUGAGUGUUACCAAUGGCUUUUGAAAUCCUUUCACUGAAAGAACAAGAGACAGAAUGUAAGCCACUUGAAUUAUUUUGAGACCUGAUGUUAUCAGAAGUUUUAUAACUGCUGUGAGUAGUAUACUUCUAAGAACAAUGUAACUUUUCAGGAACUUGAUAUUGAUAGGAAAUAAAUAUUUAUUAAAAGAAGUAUAUUAAAUAAAUAUUUAUUUACCAAUUUAAGUAAGAGAAAAUGUUACACCGUGGGGGCAACAGGCUUGCUGUUAGCAGUCCUGACUACUUAAUGGAAAGUAAAACUGAGGCCCUGAACUCUGGCUGUAAAAGAAUGCAUGGUAUUUGAGGAGCGGUUGGGACUGUGAAUCUUAGGUCCACAUUCUAAUGAAGUAAUUCUUCCUACCUAAGUUUUUACCAAUUCUCAAGCAGAAAAGCAAGCAUGAGAUAUCAGUAAGAGGCCCUCUGGUUUUAUUGGUGCUGCUUCCUAUCUCUAGAGGAUUUUUUUUUAAUUUUUUUUUUAAACUUUGCUCAGGACUGGUACAGCUGAAAGUAUAUUUUCCCUUCAUUCUUAAGCCUGGACUUUGAAUGGAGUUUCUCUGAGACACUUUUGUAGUGAAAUCGUAUUCCCUACAAACAUUGAAGACAAAAAUAAACAUCUCCGUGAACAAAAGAUUGUGUGUGAUUGUAAUUUUUUAACAUGUACAAUUUUGUUACAAAAAUUCUAAAGGUACCCUAAAAUACCCAUGACCAGUAUAUUGGCCUACACUUAAAAGAUCUCUUUGUAACAGAAAAUACAGUUUGCAUCAUGAGAUGCUAUGAAUUCUCUGUCUGAAAACUAUGUUCAAUUCCAGUUAAGCACUCCUUCAAAUAAAGAUGACAACACAUUGCAUUUAUCCAAGUGUAUAGUAACCCAUUCGGACGCUGCCUUAAACUGACCUCCUCCUGACCUCAAUUCAAAGACAAUAUUAAGCAAUUUAAUCACAGUGCAAAGGUAUUUUUUCCAGAAUAAAUGCCAUUAUAAAUAAAUCAUUAAUAAACAAUUAAUGAUAAUGGAAUUGUCAUAGUGAUGUCAUGUUGUUUGGUAAACAUACGGUUGAUUUCAGAUGAGCGUAAAUAAAUGUUUUUGAAGCCCAGAACAGUGACACGUAUUGAAAUGCCUUCUCCAGGAAUUAAUUAAUAUUUCUUGCCUGUGAAGAAUCUGACAAGAAAGAAUUUUUGGUGAAAAUUGUUGUUGGUGCACUAUAUUCAAUCUUGACUGGCAGUGGUGAUGCUUAGGGUGUGUUAUGAUAAAUGAAAUGGCAAAUAAAAUUAUUGAAUUGUUCAGAA